AUGUCCACAGACGGACACGUGGCACGACACGUGGCAGGACACGUGGAAGGACACGUGGAGGAGGACAGCGAGGGGGUACAUUCGCGAGGCGGCAGCGUGGAGCGCAACGACAGCAGCAGCACAGGGCCCCUGGUGAAACCAUCUCCCCAGUUGUCAGUGCGGCAAGCAGUGGAGCUGCAGAUGUCAGCACUCGCUCACAACGACACCCCCCGCACCGACCAUGGGCUUGAGGUUCUCUACUACUUUGCCAACGCUGAGGGAACUCUUGCGGACCCUGCUGUCAUCUCCUCUUCCUCCUCCUCCGCUGCGUCGCUGCUCUCCCCCCUGCCGUGCUACUUCGGGUUUGCAGCAGACCUAUACCACUUCGGCCAUUUCGCACUCAAGUUCAAAACAAGGUACCGGCGGCUGUUGAACCACGGGGGUGCGCGCAUCCUCUCCCUGCGCCCUCUCAACAGCACAGGCUCCUGUGUGCAGUGCAGGGUGUCUGUGAGGGUGGCUCCUCUGCAGGCCCAGAUCAAAGGAGGAAAGCCGGAUGUGCAUGGGAGGGCGAUGGGGAAAGAGGUGGAGGAUGAGAGGGAGGGCAUGCAGGGGAAUGUGGGUGAUGGAGGGGGGAUUGAGGGGAAUGUGGUUGAGGGAGAGCAGGUGGAGGGAAGUGUGGGGGAGGGAGAGGAGGAAUGGGUGAUGCAGUUGUCGCAUGUUCCCAGGGGUAUUCAGCCUCCCUGCUGGCUUGUUGAUUCCCUCCUGCCCAGUAGCUAG